GUGAUUCAAUCGCACGGUGAACGUGCUGCACGCUGCGUCCUAAUUCAAAUUUCUAACAUUCACUAGUUUUAAUCGUAUUCUCCUGACUCAGAAUUUCCCCAAACGGUUGGCUCAUUUCUGAAUUCUCUUAUUAAAACGGAAUUCACUUUCGUGCUAGCUUCAAUCCUCUUCUACGAUUCGUCGUUUAUUUAUAAUUUGCCUGUUUCGCCGAGGCAACCAAUGGAGUCUAACCAGAGAGAGUUCGUUUGAGGUCAAACUAAUCGUAAGCUUCGCUGGCUACUCUAUACAGUGAAAGUCUCGAGGGCAGUUCAGUGCUCGACAAGUUGCGAGAGAGUCUAGAAUUUUUCAAAUAUUUCCGUGCCAGAGCUCAUCUUCAGAGGUUUAUUACUGUGCAUUUGUGAAUAAUGCCUUCUUACAAGUUGACUUACUUCAAUUUUACGGGCCUGGGAGAGCCUGUCAGGUUCAUGCUGAGCUACGCCGGUAUCGAUUUCGAAGAUGAACGGGUCAGCGACGAAGAGUGGCCGCAAUACAAGCCACUUAUGCCAAUGGAACAAGUACCGGUGCUAGAGAUCGACGGGAAAAAAUAUAAUCAGUCGUUAGCGAUCUGUCGAUUUAUCGCUAAGAAAUCUGACGUCUAUGGCCGCGACGAUAUCGAAGCACUGCAAAUCGACAGUGCUGUUAACAGCAUCAACGAUCUGCGACAUGAGAUGGCCAACUAUUUUUGGAACACUCGACCCGAGUGGACGCCGAUCUUGAAAGAGAGAGCGUUUGAACGACUGGGAUUUUACCUUGACAAGUUCGAAGCGAUAUUGAACGUCAACGGCGGUUAUUUUGUGGGCAAAAAGCUGACGUGGGCGGACAUCUUUUUCGCUUCGUUACAUGAUUACAUGUCCUCCAUGGCGGAAAAGGAUAUAACCGCGGGUCAUCCCAAAUUGAAAAAUGUCUUCAACGAGGUAUGCAAUCUACCGAACAUCAAGUCUUACUUGGCCAAUCGUCCGAAAACAAAAUUCUAUAUUACCUGUAGAAGUCACAGUUUUUGCACUGUUGCAGUCAGUGUUGAUGUUGUCUUCAGCGAGUGUUACAAAUAUCGCAGACACGAGAGCGACGCGAGAAACAUCAUGUCGAAUUAUAAGUUGACGUAUUUCGAAUUCGCGGGGCUGGCGGAACCUCUCAGGUUCCUUCUUAGUUACGGUGGAAUCGAUUACAAGGAUAAUCGUUUGUCUCAAAAGGAUUGGCCAGUGUUCAAACCACAGACACCUUUGGAACAAGUUCCGAUUCUUGAAGUAGACGGGAAGACGUUGUAUCAGAGUAACGCGAUCGUUCGCUUUCUCGCUAACAAGUUGAAAUUAUUCGGCAGUAGUGAAUUGGAACACUUUGAGGUCGACGCUCAUGUCGAAACCAUUGGCGAUUUAAGGAGUCUACUGUUCAAUUGGACCUGGGCUGAAACUCCGGAAAAUAAAAUCGCCAAAGAGGCGGAGAUUCGCAAAAAGGCGGCGUUUUAUUUGGACAAGCUUGAAGCCUCGGUGAAAAGAAACGGCGGAUAUUUCGUUGGUGGGAAGUUAUCGGCUGCGGAUAUUGUUUUCGCUGGAUUCAAUUACGUUUUCAGCUACAUCCUGGGAAACGAAUUCCUCGCAGAUUAUCCGAACCUGAAAAAUCUCGUUGAGAAAGUCAAUGCUCUACCGGGUAUCAAGUCACACAUUGAUAAACGGCCGAAAACGCUUUGUUGAAAUUUAAUGGCAAACGGAUCAGGAUCCGCGUUUGUAUAAAAUGUUUGGAUAAAAUGGAAACCUGCAAAGCUCGUCCCAUCGAAAUUGCCAGUGUAAUUAUGUAUUCGCAUAGUAAAAACAAAUAAAUUGGGCUACGAUCUGUUGCCGUAUGCGAAAAUAUGAA